GGGACGAGUGUUUCUCUUUGAUUGCUGUGUUACACACACAUUCACUAGCAAAAGUCAAACUGGCCUAUAUAUAAAAGGGACACCAUCUUGUCAGUUUCUUUUUUUGUUCCUCAUAAAAAUCUAAAUAAUAAUCCAAUAUGUCUUCUGAAAACAAUAACUUUACUGCCUGGGCCGGUGUUGAAAACGGCAAACCUCUUACGCAAGUGGAAUUGACACUCAAGCAAUGGGACGAGAAUACUGUUGAGAUGGACGUAACCCAUUGUGGUAUUUGUGGCUCUGAUGUUCACACAUUGGACGAGAACUGGGGUCCUACAGACUAUCCUUGUGUGGUCGGACAUGAAAUUGUAGGUGUAGUGACCAGAGUGGGCAAGAACGUCACGAAUCUCAAGGUGGGAGAUCGCGCUGGUGUUGGGGCCCAAUCGGGUGCCUGUCAUGAAUGUGAAUCGUGUUUAGAUGAUCAAGAAAACAUGUGUCAAGGCGGUAUUGUGUACACCUAUAGCUCCCGAUGGCCUUGUGGCGAUAAAUCUUAUGGUGGUUAUGCUGACAAAUGGAGAGGUGACUAUCGUUUUGCUUUCAAAGUCCCUGAUAAUAUGACCAGUGAGAUUGCUGCUACCUUCUUUUGUGCUGGUAUCACUACCUAUGCUCCCUUAAAGCGUUCCAAUAUUAUCCCUGGAAAGUCUGUGGUUGGUGUCAUGGGCAUUGGUGGUCUUGGCCAUUUUGGUGUUCAAUUCGCAAAGGCUUUAGGUGCUAAGGUCGUUGGUAUCUCUCAAAAUGACAACAAGCGCGAGAUUGCUUUAGAACUUGGUUGUGAUGAUUAUAUCAAUGCUAGUGAUGAGGCAUCCAUGGCCAAAUACAAUAGCGGUUUAACUCAUAUCCUUUGUACCGGUACCAGUCCUGAUUUUCAAUGGCACACGUAUUUUGCUCUCUUGAAAGUCAACGGCCACUUUAUUAAUGUCAGCGCUCCUGAAUGGCAAUUCCCUGGCAUGAGUGCUUUUACUUUGCUUUCAAAGCAAAUCAAGAUUUACGGCUCUGGUAUUGGAUCUCCCAAGGAAAUCGAAGAAAUGCUCGCCUUUGCUGCAGAAAAGGACGUUAAGCCUUGGAUCACCACCUACAAGAUGUCUGAUAUUAAUAAGGCUAUUGAAGAUUUCAGAGCUGGAAAGCCUCGAUUCAGAUUUGUUUUAGAAAACUAGAAAUAAAAAAAUAAAAUAUGUUAAUAAAGCCUAGGAGGAUUGUUUAUGAUG